CUUACAAAGACACUGAGGGCAUUAACUAUCUCAGCUGUAGGUAAGCAAAUUGCUCGUAGUCGACAAUCUCCUCUCUGCUUGAUAAUCAAUCAGGAGCUCAUGUUGCAAAUCCACGAAUCGGUGACGUCGUUCAGGAAAGCUAUAUAAACCUGACUGUGACAUGAAUUCAUCAGCAUACAUCAAAUACCUACAUUUAUCCUCCUCCUCCAAUACUUACCUUACACGACACAAGCACUACAGAGCUAUUCAACAUGCCAAAACUCUUCAUCACCGGCGCAACUGGCUACAUUGGAGGCGACGCCCUCUAUGCCAUUGCAAAUACCUACCCCGAUCUCGAAAUUGCCGCCCUGGUCCGCAAUAGCGAUAAAGGCGCCAAGGUCGCAGCACAAUACCCCAAGACUCGCCUCGUUUAUGGCACGCUCGACAGUACUGACCUCCUUUCCGAGGAAGCUUCAAAUGCAGACAUUGUUCUUCAUUGUGCUGAUUGCGACCACCUGGCUUCUGCCCAGGCACUGGUUGCUGGCCUUGCUCGCAAUGGGCGAAAAUCUUAUCUCAUCCACACCUCUGGCACCGGCAUACUUGCAUUUGCCGAUUUUGACGAAAAUACCUACGGCAUUGCCAGAGAAAAGGUCUAUGAUGAUUGGGACAACAUCACUGAAGUCACCUCUCUCCCGGAUACCGCUAUCCAUCGCAAUGUUGACAAAGUUAUCCUGGGCUCCCACGAGGCAUCGUCGGGCAACAUCCAGUCGGCCAUCGUUUGCCCUCCCUGCAUCUAUGGUCCUGGACGCGGACCUGAUAACAAGCGCAGCGUGCAAGCGUACGACAUGACUGAGGCCGUAUUGAAGCGAAUGAAAGGUUUCGUCGUAGGGGAGGGAAAGAAUCGAUGGACCGAGGUGCACGUCCAAGAUCUCAGCGAAGUGUUUCUCGCCCUUGUAACAGCGGCUCUGUCGCCUGAUGGCGGCAAGGCUACCUGGAAUCAAGAAGGAUACUAUUUUGCAGAGAACGGUGAAUUCUACUGGGGUGACAUUGGACGCAAGAUUGCCGACAUUGCCUUCAAGAACAAACUCAUCAACCACGAGGGAAUUGAUAAUGUGAGCAAAGAUGAAGCGGAUCAAAUGAGACCAGCCGGUAGUUACCUCUGGGGCACCAACUCCCUUUGCAAGGCUAUCAGAGCUAGGAAGCUGUUUGGGUGGACGCCUAAACAAAAGAGUCUCUCUGACCUCUUGCCAGAGAUUGUCGAUGAUGAAGCCAAGCUGCUGGGUCGUAUUCGGCAGCACGCUGAGGAGGCGGCUGAAGGGCGUAUUCUAAAGUAGAUGUAGCUGGUGCAGAAUAGUCGAAAUUGUUCAAGUUCACCAUGACAUGAGCCUCGGCAAAACUGCUCGAACUUACGUCAUGCAUUUCAACCUCC